AUGUCUAUUCGUUGGAUUGCAUCAUGCAUUAUACUAAUUAAUAUUCAUAAUCAUUUCCAGCUAUCAUCGUGCUCGAUUAUCGAAUCAAAAUCAUACAUCGUAACAUAUGAUGGAUAUUAUACAGCAAACAUUCGUUAUAGCAUAAUUAAAGAAGCAACGAAAAUUACGGUAAAUGUCGAAGCCAGGCCUGUUUUAUUGAGCGAUUUUGAUGUCGUCGAAGUAUCCGCGUGCAAUUCAACCGUCUUUAUAGAAUCAUUACAACGAUCUAUUCAUACAAGACAUGUUGCAAGUAAUAAUCGUUUCACGGCAUCAUUACCUAAAAAAUUAUUAGGGAGUCGAAGACGUCAUUCUGGUGAUACCGAAAUUCGUCAUGUUACCAAACUGCUUGAUGUUGAGAAGCUAUGGAAUAUGGGAUAUAAAGGGCAAGGUGUGAAGGUUGCAGUUUUUGAUACGGGUCUUGACAAACAUCAUCCUCAUUUCCAGCAAAUUGUCGAACGUACUGACUGGACAAACGAGAAAACUGCCGAUGAUGGCCUUGGUCAUGGUACUUUUGUUGCUGGUUUAAUAGCUAGCUCAGAUCAGAGAUGUGAUGGAUUUGCUCCUGCUGCUAGCAUUUAUGCUUAUAAAGUUUUUACAAAGAAACAAGUUUCGUUUACUUCAUGGUUUCUUGAUGCUUUCAACCAUGCCAUAUUACGGGGUAUAAAUGUUCUGAAUCUGAGCAUUGGUGGUCCUGAUUUUACUGAUCGACCAUUUAUGGAUAAGGUAUGGGAACUAACUGCGAAUGGCAUUAUUCUCAUUUCAGCAAUUGGAAAUGAUGGACCAAAUUUUGGAACUCUGAACAAUCCAGCGGAUCAAAUGGAUGUCAUUGGUGUUGGUGGUAUAAAUAUUGAUUCUAAAAUUGCACGCUUUUCCUCACGUGGAAUGACCACUUGGGAAUUACCAAGUGGUUAUGGGCGAGUUAAGCCGGAUAUUGUUUCUUAUGGUGCCUCCGUCUAUGGCUCUUCCUUAGACGGUAAUUGCCGUGCCCUUUCUGGUACUUCCGUUGCAUCACCAGUAGUUGCUGGAGCGGUAGCUGUAAUGCUGAGUGGUAUCGAAGAUAAGCGUUUGUGGAAUCCUGCAGUUGUAAAGCAGGCAUUAGUGGAAGGUGCAACAAGGCUUCCCAGUGUGGCAACGAUGUUUGAACAGGGUGCUGGUAAAAUGAACAUUCUUGCGUCAUUCCAAUUCAUGCGGCGAUAUUCUCCACGAAUCACUUUCAUUCCAUCAUAUAUUGAUUUCAAUGAAUGUCCUUAUAUGUGGCCAUAUUGCAGUCAACCACUUUAUGCUUUUGGUAUGCCAGCUCUCAUUAAUGUUACGAUCGUUAAUGGAAUGAGUGUGUCUGGUCGAAUAAUGGCAGGGCCGGUAUGGGAGCCGUUUCUGGAAGAAAACGGUGAUUUGCUUAAUAUUUCAAUAUUGCAUUCCGAUUUCAUAUGGCCAUGGUCAGGUUACAUGGCAGUUAUAGUAAAUGUUGUGCCAAAUGGAUAUAAUUAUGAUGGAACUGCCAGCGGACGAAUCAGCGUUACAGUGAUGUCGGAUGAACGAGGUGAGCAAAAGCGAUCAACCGCAUUGUUACCAAUACGAGUUCGUAUCAUUCCGACGCCCCCAAGGAGCCAACGGUUGCUGUGGGAUCAAUAUCGAAACAUUCGUUAUCCACCAGGAUAUAUUCCACGUGAUGAUUUACGUGACAAGACAAAUAUACUAGACUGGAAUGCUGACCAUCCACAUACUAACUUCAAACCUCUUUAUCAAUAUCUUCGAAGUAGUGGUUACUACAUUGAGGUAUUAGGCGAACCUCUUACCUGUGUGGAUCUGAGCCAGUAUUCAGCUUUUUUAAUUGUUGAUCCAGAGGAUGAAUUUUUCCCUAGUGAACGACAAAAGCUUUAUGACGAAGUAAAUAAUGCUAAUUUGAAUUUGAUUAUUUUCGCGGAUUGGUACAACACAUCUGUAAUUGAAAAAAUUCGAUUUAUGGAUGAAAAUACCAAGGAGUGGUGGAAACCAGAAACAGGAGGGACAAAUUUACCGGCUUUAAACGAUCUUCUUAUGAAAUGGAAUAUUUCUUUAAGCGCACAUGUUCUAGAUGGUAUCGCUAUUGUAGGGCAAACACCAAUGAAAUACUUGUCAGGUACAUCAAUAUCCAAUGCCCCAUCCCAUUCCUUUAUUGCAUUAUCCGAUUUAAUCGAUUUGGGUGAAGAGAUAAUAACAGAUCGAAAAGCUAAUCAAUUGUAUAAGGAGGCCAUCUUUCUGUACUUCAAAAAUGACACUUUAUCAAAAACGUCCGGCUUUGUGGCAGUUUUUGGUGAUAGUUCAUGUCUUGAAGUUAGCACAACAUCGGAUACAAAGAGCUGUAUCUUUUUAUUAGAAUCACUUCUUGAAAGUGCACUGGAAGGUGAUUUGAUCGAUAGUUUGCGUCAGUCACUUAUACCUGCUAGUAAUGCAUUACCUGGGAAGUAUUCGCAGAAUUUGCCGCCUCCAAAAAGAAUUACUAAUUCAAAUUUCGCGAAAUAUUCGAAAGUUAUACUGAACAUCUCAGCGAAUGCUGAACCACUAUAUCGAGAAGAUCCGAAGUGUCAGAUUUUAUCGACUGCUAUUUCGCAACCUGUCGCCAACGUUACGCUUCCAUCAGAUUUGAGCGGAGGUCGUUUCAGAGGUGACCAUUCAGAUGUUCCAGAUGAGAAUCAGCUUUCGAAUGAGCUAACUUCUGCGCGGCUUCAUGAAAUCGUCCAAUUCUUCGAUGAGAAUGGAGAAAAUAAUGUUGAACAAACGUAUAUGUUCAGUUUUAACUAUCAUUUUAAUUUUAGCAAUGGCUUUUUGCUCUUCAUUCUUCUUAUUAUAAUUAUCAUGUAUUGUCGUAUUGUGGCACGCCGGCUAAUUGUACGUUUUAGAAUUUUCCGAUUUGUAUUAAGGCGAUUGCGGUUUUCUUGCAUUUUAUACAGUUUUUGUCGUGUUGAUAACGCCGUGAUAUCAGUUGGUGCUAUUAAUGAUGUAUAUGUAUUAUUUGAUGAUGUAAAUUGUAGUGGAAACCCUAUACUUCUGUUCAUAAUAAUGGAUAAGAUUCGGGUGCGAGACUUGGAAGUUGCAAAAGCAGAAUAG